CACGUCAUUUUAGAUGGCCAAAACAUGAAACUUGUAUAACUGCACUUGCUGUCCUCCUCGAAGAUUUUUGGUGAACACUUAAGCCUUUGAAAUGUCUGCAGCACAGAUUUUCACAUUUUCAAGGAGCAUAACAUAUAAAGGAUUGCUAACGCAGUCCAUUCUCAGAGCAUGCUCCAGGACUGCCAGUGGCACGGCUAGUGACAACAAGCCCCUCAAAAAGGCUAAAACUCCACAGGGACGCUUCGACACAGAGGAGGUGAAACCAAACGACCCCCUUCAAAAGUUUCCUGAUGACGUCAAUCCGGAAACCAAAGAGAAAGGAGGUCCGAAGGGGCCCGAGCCAACUCGCUACGGGGACUGGGAAAGGAAGGGACGCUGCGUUGACUUCUAAACCAGCUCUAAUAUACUGUGCUGCUGUUAUGCACAUAAUCAAUGAAAGGAACUCCUCUGGUCCUGGACUCAACAGACUCCUCAUCGGUAUAGGCAACAACAUUGUCUUAUCAUAGAACUUAUAGAAAAACAUAAUGUAAAAUACUGUGUGCACAAAUGCUUGUGAAUGUCCUUGUUCUUUAAGCCAGUGCUAUUUGGUAACAUGUCAUAUCUUGGAAACAAGAGUCUUUCAAUGUAAAGGUAGUGGUGGAUUGUCCAAAUUUGCACAACACAGUUCAGCUACUAUGUAUAUGAAUGACAAGACUUGAUGUUGCUCCUGAAGUCAUUCCCUCUCUACUUGUGUAAUUGUGUCAGCAAAUAAAUAAAUAUUUGUCACGUC